UGCGGGCACUCAGUGUGAAAUUUUCAAUUAUUUCGUAAGUAUCGCAGGAAAGUUCUCGAUUUCAACAUGGGCAAACCUAUUAUUUAUGGAACCGAUGGGAGUCCUGCUGUUCGUGCAGUCCUACUCACAGCUCACGCCAUCGGUUUGGACUACGAAUUCCGCGAAAUUAGCUUGCAAAAAAAUGAGCACAAAACGGAAGAAUAUCUGAAAAAGAACCCCCAACACACCAUCCCCACCCUUGAAGAUGAUGGAAAGUAUAUUUGGGACAGUCAUGCCAUCAUCACAUACCUUGUCGGGAAAUACGCAAAGGAUGAUGCCUUGUAUCCUAAGGAUCUGUAUAAACGCGCAGUAAUAGACCAGAGGCUCCAUUUUGAAAGCAGCGUUUUAAGUCCUCGAAUGAUCCGAAUGUUUGGUUUUGGGCCCUCCAACAAGGAUCCACAGGCACUUGAGAGUGCUAAAACCGCCAUAGUCGAAGCUUAUGAGUUCCUUGAAAAAUUCAUUGGUAGCAACCAAUACUUCGCUGGAGACUCCCUCACGGUUGCGGAUUUGUCAAUCUUGGCUACCUUUUCAACUGUGAUUAACUUUGUACCUGCCGAACAGGGAAAGUUCCCGCAAAUAAGUAGCUGGUUAGAUCGGUUGACCAAACUUCCUUAUUAUCAAAAGGCAAACGGUGAAGGACUGGAGAAAAUUAAGGCGUUUAUCAAGAAAAUGAGCUCUUGUUUUCAAUUAUUCCGUGAGCAUCGUAGGAAAGUUCUUCAUUUCGGCUUCAACAUGGGCAAACCUAUUAUUUAUGGAAUGGAUAGAGGGCCUACGGUUCGGGCAGUGUUACUUACAGCUCACGCGAUUGGUUUGGACUAUGAACUACAUGAAAUCGACCCUCACAAAAAUGAAACUAAAACAGAAGAAUUUUUGAAAAAGAACCCCCAACACACCAUCCCCACCCUUGAAGACGAUGGUAAAUGCAUUUGGGACAGUCAUGCUAUCAGCACAUACCUAGUGAGUAAAUACGCAAAGGACGAUUCCUUGUAUCCUAAAGAUUUGUACAAACGCGCAGUAGUAGACCAGAGGCUUCAUUUCGAAAGUAGUGUUUUGAGCCCUCGAAUGUUUGCUUUUGGGGCCGCCAGGAAAAGCACUGACCCACAGGUAUUGGAAAAUGCUAGAACCUCCGUACUCGAAGCUUAUGAUUUCCUUGAAAAAUUCCUCGGUGGCAACGAAUAUCUCGCUGGAGACUCCCUCACAGUUGCGGAUUUUUCAAUUUUGGCUACCUUCUCAACUAUGAUUAGCUUUGUACCUGCGGAACAGGAGAAAUUCCCAGGAUUAUGUAACUGGUUAAAUCGGUUAACCCAGCUUCCUUAUUACCAAAAAGCAAAUGGUGAUGGACUGCAGAGAUUUAUGGAGCAUAUCAAGAAAUUGGCCUCUCAAUAAGCAUAAGAUGAUCCUUAAGUUAUAGGUACCAUGCGUGUGGAGUGUAAGACAGAAUGAAGUGCAAUAAAAUUAUGUAAAAUUAGAAUA